AUAUAUACUAGAACACGUAUUACACAAAUUCAAUAUUACGGCUAUACUAGUAGACUUUUUAAGAUAGAGUGAAUGAAACAUGAAGUUAUUAGGUCUUGUAGUUUUCUACUUUCUGGAAAUUUCGAACUGUCAAGUGCCACCGAUUGAAGGUAAUUGUGACAGCAAUGGAGAUCUCAGACUAGUACAUAACAGAGGAGAGAAGUUCAGAGCAGUGCAAAUUUGUAGUAGUACUAAAUGGAAAUAUUUUUCAACAUGUGAUAAAUGGACAGAAGAAGCUGCUAGAUUGGCCUGCAGGCAACUUAAUCUUGGCUAUUUGGAUGCUUCAACAAGUGCUUUGCAAUUGACUAGCUCAGUAGGUCCAGAGGGAUUAAAAAGCUACACUUGUGCAGAGACGGCAAAUCAACUGAGCGACUGCAUUCAAUUACAAUACUUUGCACCCCAUACUACUACUGUGGCAACAGUGAACUGCAGUAAUGGUGACGUACAUGUAUGCAGUACUAACGGAGCCAUGAGACUAGCGGAUGGGUCCACAUACAGUGAAGGCAGACUAGAGAUAUGCCACAAUGGUCAAUGGGGGACAAUAUGCAACCAGGGAUGGACAGACAGUAGAGCUAGUCAAGUGUGCAGUAGACUGGGGCUCCCAACCUACAAUGCUACACUACAACAAUUUAGUGAGGGAACUGGUUUUGUGUACACAAUCAACUGCACGACAUUGGACGGUGAUAUUUCUAACUGUAUCCAAGAGUCUUCUUGUGGCCACUCAAUGGAUGUUGGAGUGAAGUGUCUUCCUUUUCCCGACGCUUGUGUAGUUCCUGUCAACGAAUCAAUUGCUACUGGUGUGACAUUAGGAGCACUCAUUGGUCUAUUGGCAGUUGCUCUAGUGGUUCUAGUGGUGGUUGUCGCUGGAUGGAUUGGAACGUGUGUUUACUUACAGCGAAAAAUAAACAAACACCACACCCACUCUACACCCGUCUCUACUAACGACUCCACCCUCCAACACACCACACAAUGAGGGAGACGGGAGAUUGUACGACAAAAUUAAUGACACAGUUUCUAACCUGGAGCACAGUAAUUUUGUGAAGUGCGUUCGAAACGAAAGCUAUUCACUUGACAGAGGAAAACGAAUACACUGAUUGUGUAAUAGAACUUUAGUUGGAUAGUAUGAGUAUGCCUAUUACCAACACCAAUAGUUUUGCACGCUAUCUAGAAGCAUGCAUUAAAGAGUUAGUGAUUCUCAAUAUUGAGAUAUACAUGGUACAAUGUUGGCCAACAUGCAUAAUGUUUCUGCUUAAUAACGCUCAUAGCUACACUAGAGCCA